GCCCCCGACCUUGCCAGCUCUCUAUAAAACAGCACUUCCCCGCGCCGGAACUAUCUGUGGAUUCAACGCCCCUGCGUUCCGUGACAAUGGUCUUGGAACCCCGUGCCUCCGGCGAUCCAGACGCGGCCGAAGUGCUGCUCCAGCACAAGUUCGACUGCAGGUCCCUGGAGGCCUACCUCAACCAGCACUUGCCUGGCUUCGGGGCCGAGCCCGAGGCUGAGCUGACCGUUGCCCAGUACAGAUCAGGACAGUCCAAUCCAACCUUUUAUCUCCGAAAGGGCUUUCAGGAAUAUGUCCUCAGAAAAAAGCCACCUGGUUCACUUCUUCCUAAAGCACAUAAGAUUGAUAGAGAAUUUAAAGUCCAGAAAGCUUUGUUUUCAAUUGGAUUCCCUGUUCCCAAGCCUUUAUUGUACUGCAGUGAUGCUUCUGUCAUUGGAACAGAAUUUUACGUGAUGGAACAUGUGCAGGGCCGAAUUUUUCGUGAUUUCACAAUUCCUGAAGUUAGCCCAGCAGAACGCACAGCCUUGUAUGUGGCCAUGAUAGAAACCUUGGCUCGGUUACAUUCUUUAAAUAUACACUCACUACAGCUGGGAGGAUAUGGUAUAGGUGCUGGGUACUGCAAAAGACAGGUAUCAACCUGGACAAAGCAGUAUCAAGCUGCAGCUCACCAGAACAUCCUUGCCAUGAACCAGCUCUCUGACUGGCUAAUGAAAAACUUGCCAGAAAAUGACAAUGAAGAAAAUUUGAUUCACGGAGAUUUCAAAUUGGAUAACAUAGUUUUCCACCCUAAAGAGUCUCGAGUUAUAGCUGUACUGGACUGGGAGCUUUCUACCAUUGGUCAUCCUUUGUCAGACUUAGCUUUUCUCUCCCUGUUCUACUUUUGGCCCAGGAGAGUUCCAAUGAUAAAUCGAAGGCUUUAUUUUGAAGAAAACAGAGGAAUGCCAUCAAUGGAAGAACUAAUUUCAAUAUACUGCCGCUGCAGGGGAAUUAAUUCUAUUCUACCUAACUGGAAUUUCUUUCUUGCUCUUUCAUACUUUAAAAUGGCUGGGAUAGCGCAGGGAAUAUAUAGUAGGUAUCUUCUGGGGAAUAAUGCAUCUGAGGAUAGCUUUCAGUUUGCCAAUGUUGUGCAACCUCUGGCAGAAACUGGAUUGCAACUUUCCAAAAGGUCUUUCAAAACUACACAGCCACAGAUUGAGAAUACCCAAGGGCUGUUUUUACAGAGUCGGAAGGGCCAGGAAGUUCUUACUAGGGUGAAGCAUUUCAUGAAACACCACAUCCUUCCAGCUGAAAAGGAGGUAACUGAGUUCUAUGUUCAAAAUGAAAAUUCAGUAGACAAGUGGAAAAAGCCUCCAAUAGUUGAUAAACUCAAGGAAAUGGCCAAAGCUGAGGGCCUCUGGAACUUGUUUUUGCCGGCUGUAAGCGGACUCAGCCAGGUGGACUAUGCCUUAAUUGCUGAAGAAACAGGAAAAUGCAUCUUUGCUCCAGAAAUCUUUAACUGCCAAGCACCAGACACAGGGAACAUGGAGUUGCUCCACCUAUAUGGAAGUGAAAAGCAGAAGCAGCAGUGGCUUGAGCCUCUUCUUGAAGGGAGCAUUGCCUCCUGCUUCUGUAUGACGGAGCCCGAUGUUGCAUCCAGUGAUGCCACAAAUAUUGAAUGUAGCAUCCAACGAGAUGGAGAUAGCUAUGUAGUUAAUGGCAAGAAAUGGUGGAGCACUGGAGCUGGUAAUCCAAAGUGCAAAAUUGCGAUUGUUUUGGGAAGAACUAAAGAUACCUCUGCAGCCAGACACAAACAACACAGUAUGAUUCUUGUUCCUCUCAACACACCUGGAGUAGAAGUCAUAAGGCCUUUGUCAGUUUUUGGCUACGUAGAUUAUUUGCAUGGAGGACAUUUUGAGAUCCAUUUUAAUCAAGUGCGAGUUCCUGCCACCAACUUAAUACUAGGUGAAGGGAGGGGAUUGGAAAUUGCCCAGGGCCGCCUCGGACCUGGCAGGAUCCAUCACUGCAUGAGAGCAGUAGGUGUGGCGGAACGUGCUUUGCAGAUCAUGUGUGAACGGGCAACACAAAGGGUGGCCUUUAAGAAGAAACUGUAUUCACAUGAGGCUGUGGCCCACUGGAUUGCUGAAAGUCGCAUUGCCAUUGAAGAGGUCCGCUUGCUGACCCUGAAAGCCGCCCACAGCUUUGACACUCUGGGCAGCACUCGCGCUAGGAAGGAGAUUGCAAUGGUUAAAGUGGCUGCCCCUCGGGCCAUCUGCACAAUUAUUGACCGGGCCAUCCAAGUGUGCGGAGGGGCAGGCGUUUCCCAGGAUUACCCUCUGGCUAACAUGUAUGCCUUCAUGCGGACUUUGCGCUUAGCAGACGGACCGGACGAAGUCCACCUCUUGGCAGUCGCCAAGCUAGAGCUUGAGGACCAGGCCAGGGGCGUGAGGGCCAGGAUGUGAGGAGGCGACACCCUCUCCCCUGCAGACAAAUGGCAUGGGCUGCAGCACUGGCCUCUCAUUCGGCUUUUGUAGCAGUUUGAGCGCAGGAUUAAUUACUCACUUUUGGCAAAGAUUUGGGCAUCUCUGUGGUGGGUUUUAUAAUCUCAAGGUUUAUAAAGUCACACAAGUUUAAUUAAGUUACAAAAUCAAAGGGGAAGGAUUGAGGGAGGGAGGGGGGAAGGGGCAGGGGAAGGUGGUAGGGGGAAGGCAGAGACAAAUGUAUUUGAAAAAAUAAAGAAAAUAAAUUCAAUGAAAAAAAUAAAAUAAAAAAAUCUUUUAAAAAUCUAAAGGAAAAAAAAAAGAAAUUCUAUAGCUAUUGUCAUUCACUGUAAUACCUAAGUGUUUAGCAUUUACUUUUUAAACACUCAACUAGUAAAGAGAUAACAAGGUAAACUGGAGAGCUAAAGCAUAGGCAUAAAAAUAUUUUUACUUUUUGAAUGUCGUGGAUUGUUCCUUAAAUAUUAAAGGAAUGUUUAACCAUUACUCUGUAAAAAAUAGAGGACGAUCUACUUAACACUUGCUUCAGGGCUCGUUUAACACUUUGUAGUAAUGUCUGCAUUGGAGAAAGAAGCAUGGCUGACUGGGUCAUUUUCCAGUUCAUGCCAUUAUAAGCUUCUUCAUAAUUCAAGGGGAAGCAUUUAUAUAUAAAACCUGCAGUUUAAAUAUAAAAAUGCAGUUUAAAGUUCACUAGAAAAUGUGGCAUAUCAUGAGAAAGCGUAAUUAAGAAAAGUUUAAUUAUAAUAUGUUGAUGAGACAGUGGAUAAUUUAAGCUACAGGAAAGUUAUUUAAUUC